AUGUCUUGGCUAUUCUCCCUGGCCAGUCGCAGCGCAGCCGUCGGUGUUUGCUGUCCAUAUUUACCUGCCGAUUCCGGCUCGCAUCCCAUCGCCAAGUUUCAAGACCGAUUCGUCACCCCAAAGGAUACUCGCGUAGGAGGCAAGGCGUCGAAAUGGUGUCGCCAUCAACAUCCGAGCCUUAUGCAAAAGACCCGAUUCGGUGGUUGCUCUUGA